CUAACGCGUAACGUAUUAAAACAGGCAGCAUUGUUUGUUUCACGGAGGGAAGCCUGUAGCCUUGGCUGCCCAGCAAUUGAAUUCUGAUAACAUACUUCUUCUCGUCGUAAAACUGUAGUCGAUUCUCUGAGACCCUUCUGAUCUUUAAACAGACUAUUUUAAAACCGUACGCUUUUAGCUGUAGGUAAUCGGAAACGACAUUUGACACGGGAGACUACCAAAACAUGGCAACAGCAAAAAUAUAUUUAAUUCACCAUUCGGUUUUAGAUUUGUCCUUCCCGCAGACAUCAAAGCCGAAAAUUAUAAAUUUGUAGGAAAAAUUGCAUUUUAAUCACGGCCUUUUUUCUUCAUUCAACAGGACAUUGUAUUCCAAAUGAGAAAUUCUUUGAAACCACAGCUGAACAGAACGCAAGAGGUUGUUCUGUCAGAGAAUGCAAACAUCGCUUGGAGCAGCGUUUUUGCCCUGGUUGCCAUUGUUAUUGUAGCGGUUAACGCUCUUACGAUUAUGGCAUUCACAACCAUUCUCAUCAGCUUGGCCAUAGCUGAUAUGAUGGUUGGCGCAGUAGCGAUACCACUCUAUAUCUACCUGACCUUGAAGACUGGUUUGCAAAAAGGUGCCGUGCAAAACUUAUUUGAAGCAGUGGACAUUCUGUGGGGCCUGGCGUCUGUCUUCACAUUGGCAAUAAUUUCAGAUUGUUCGCCAUUGGCUGGCCUCUGCUGCACCGCGCCUGACGGAAACGAGCUUAUUUUGGUUUUAUUGCUCUUGGAUGUUUUUCUGCCCUAAAUAUCGAUGAUUAAUUUGUUUUAUCGUUCCAAAAUACUCUCCUACUUUGCCACGCUUGACAUUGUUCUCACCGCUUUGUUGACGUCGUCUGUGAUAACAUGUACUGCAUAUGUCGCGCUGUGGAUAAAAGUUCGCUUUCGAGACCGAAGAGGCUUAAGUCGAGAAGCCGACAGGAGGCUGGCAAAAACGUUAUGUCUUGUAACCGGAGCGUUUGUUUUAACGUGGUUGCCUUUUCAGAACCUCCUUUACGUUGUUCACUUUUGCUUAACAUUCCCGUUGCCUACGCAAAAUGCAGUCAACUUCAUUAAGCUCUUGCAGUAUUGCAAUUCAUUCAUGAAUACUGUUAUUUACUCACUGAGAAUGCCCGAGUUUCGGAAAGCAAUUUCGGAGAUCUUUAACUGUAGGUAUAGUUCAAUUAAGGACGAAAUCCCCCUGAAAAAUAUUCGAGGAGAAACUUUUAACACAUUUAGCAGGAUCCUGGGUUCAUAUUCUUCACUGAAUGUUCGUCAUUGCAUGGGAACAGAAAAUGUUGUCUCCUAA